AUACUGUCAUUCUAGUAGCAUUUAAAUUUAAAAUUUUUUCGAAAACAAAUGCUAAAAUUAUUGUUCAAAUUAUGUGCAAAUAAGCGCAGCUUUCAAAACAUAGAAAAGACUCUACUUUCGCAAUCUUUCAAUCACUUAACCAUGUCACGACCCAAAGCUUCGGUUAAUCUACCCACGGACCUGAGUCGCCCUUCAGUCGAGGAAGCGAAUGCCAGGAUUGUGUAUCCAGAAGCACGGAAGGAUAGUAAGGCCGAGGAAAUUAUACAUGAUUAUAGGAUUCGAGACGUUUAUCGUUGGCUCGAAGACCCUGAUUCCACAGAAACGCAAAGAUUUGUGAAUGCGCAAAACAAUAUAAGCCAACCGUUUCUCGAAAGAUGCGAGGAAUGGGAGAGUAUAAAUAGUAAACUGACGAAGCUGUGGAAUUUCCCGAAGUAUGGAUGCCCCAUGCGUCACGGAAGCUUCUAUUAUUAUUUCAAGAACACGGGUCUGCAGAAUCAGAGUGUUUUGAUGCAGCAGGCGACUUUGGACAGCCCAGAGGUUGUAUUCCUUGACGCUAAUACUUUAUCCACCGAUGGAACCACUGCGCUGAGCCAGAAAACAUUCUCCGAAGAUGGCGCGUACAUGGCUUAUGGACUAAGUGAAAGUGGUUCGGAUUGGAAUAAAAUACGCAUACGUAGAGCCAAAGAGCGCACCGACUUUCCUGAGACCCUGGAGAAGGUGAAAUUUUCAAAUCUCUCCUGGACGAAGGAUAGCAAGGGCUUCUUUUAUGGUCGGUACUCCGAUCAAGAUGGCAAGACAGAUGGAUCGGAGACAAAGCAGAAUGAAAACCAAAAACUCUAUUACCACCGAGUAGGAGAAAGUCAAGAUCAAGACACUUUGGUGGCAGAAUUCCCCGAGCAACCGAAAUGGCGGUUCCAAACCGAUGUCUCCGACUGUGGAAAAUUUCUGAUAUUAUACAUAAGUCAUACGGUCCGGGAUAAUAUGCUGUACUAUGCUGACUUGAAGCCGGAGGAGGGAAUCACUUCGAAACUAGAGAUGAAGCCCAUUGUUGAUAAAUUUGAGGCUGACUAUGACUACAUAACCAACGAGGGAUCUCGAAUGUACUUCCACACCAACAAAGAUGCUCCCAACUACCGGGUGGUAGUGAUUGACUUUAACAGCCCCGCCGAGGAAAACUGGACCACCCUGACACCCGAACAUAAGAAGGAUGUUCUAGAGUGGGCCAAGUGCGUCAAUGACGACAAGCUUGUGGUAUGCUAUAGCCGCGAUGUAAAGCACAUCCUUCAGGCCUUAGAUAUGCAUACCGGAAAACUUAUUCGACAAUUUGGCCUGGAUAUUGGCGCAAUUAAUGGGAUUUCAGGGAAAAAGAAGUACUCAGAGAUCUUCUAUAGCUUCUCGUCGUUUCUAACGCCGGGCAUUAUUUUCCACUACGACUUUACAAAGCCCGUUGAGAAGCCAAAAGUACUGCGAGAAAUAAGCCUCAAUUUGGAAGGCUUCAACCGGGACAACUACAGUGUGGAACAGGUGUUCUACAAGAGCGCCGAUGACACCGACAUACCUAUGUUUAUCAUUCAAAGGAAGAGGGAUGCUGUGGAGCCCCGUCCCUGCCUGCUGUACGGAUAUGGCGGGUUCAACUACAGCCUUAUGCCAUCGUUCGGCAUAACUGGUCUAAUGUUUAUGGAUACGUUCGAUGGCGUUUUGGCCUAUCCCAAUCUGAGAGGGGGCGGAGAAUACGGUAUAGAGUGGCACAAUGGAGGCAGGCUGUUCAACAAGCAGAAUUGUUUCAAUGAUUUCCAAGCCGCCGCUGAGUACCUGACCCAGAAUAACUACACCACCAAGGAUCGGCUGGCCAUACAGGGCGCCUCGAACGGUGGACUUUUGGUGGGUGCCUGCAUUAACCAGCGCCCGGAUCUUUUCGGAGCUGCCAUCGCCCAAGUUGGGGUUAUGGAUAUGUUGCGAUUCAACCGGUUUACCAUCGGUCAUGCCUGGUGCUCGGACUAUGGAAACCCCAACGAGAGGGAACACUUCGCUAAUCUCUUCAAAUACUCGCCCCUGCACAAUGUUCACAUUCCGCUGAACCCAACUCAGGAGUAUCCUUCGACCCUGAUCCUGACAGCCGAUCACGACGAUCGUGUCAGUCCUUUGCACUCCCUCAAAUUUGCUGCCGCUCUCCAGGAAGCCGUGCGAUAUUCGGAGUACCAACUGAAUCCCAUUCUACUGAGGGUCUAUACGAAGGCUGGUCACGGAGCCGGAAAGCCAACUAAGAUGCGUAUUAACGAGGCCACUGACAUAAUCACGUUUCUCAGGAAGACGCUCAAGGUCGACUGUGUCAAUCUAUAAGCGAAGCACGUUAUAAUAAUUUAAAAAUGUAUAUCAAAUUAGUCACUCGGAUAUGAGAUGGAAAUUUUCCAUAUUGUUAUAUGAAAUUCCAGAUAUAUAUAAUAUACUUUAA